UACUCUGACUCGCCUAUCGGCAAGUGGCCCGCUGACUGCGACGUGAACGAAACGGCAAGUAAGGCUGGGCACUUAACGUGUUAAAGUGCGGUGGUAUUCAAGUGGGUGAUAGCCCUUAGUCUAUUGUUUCUUGUUACGUAAUUUCUUCGUGUAGGUAGAUUUUUCCAAGUACAAAGACAAUAAUUUCACGAUAAACAUCUGAUUACUCCUAGCUCCAUAUCUCUCUGUAUUUCCACAGAACGUGUGUUUGUCCUUUCUGAAUCUACUUUUAUGUCCAAGUGAUGUAAGAAUACAUAAGGAAAAGCUCUCGAUUGGAAGUGCAUCGCAAUUAUCGAAAUUGUUAACAUAAAAUUGUUAAAACAUAUAUCAAUUUUUUUUUUACCUGUUUCUUCUUACCUGGCGAGAAGAACUGCUCGAUCAAUCCAGAAUACUGGCAGGAAGAAUUGUUCGAUCGGUCCAGAAUACCAUACUGUAUUGAAUGUUCAAGGUCAAGCCGGUGCGAGUGUUUCGAUUAAGAGAGUUGAUGUGUCGUCGGAUGUUAAACACUCUUUGAUAUUCAUGGCUCUGAUAUUUCUCCGAAGCGGCUUAUCUAUCUCAUUCUCGGAUUUCUGUUAAUCGGGUACUAUAAAACGGCAACAAUAUUUUCCGUAGAACAGGAUCUCAAUAUCCCCAAGAAGCACUGACCUAGAGGAUCUCUUUGGCAGUUACAACAUCGCAAGGAACAGCGUAUACAAACACGCGUGUUCGCGCUCGAGGACACCGGCGACUGUUGCAGAGGAGGCAGAGUACUGUUGGUAUCGACCGAGGUCAGAAUGGAGACAAGGGUGUAUGAGGGCGCAGCCGCGGCCGCGCCACGGCAAAUCAGGCCAAAGCUGCGCGACAUCGCCCGCUUCUGUGUUAAUACAUUCAGAGCGUUUUAUGCCGGGAACGUCGGAGCUGCAUUCACCAGCGUUGCAGCCGCAGCCGCUGCACCAGCCGCCGGGCCAGCCACCGCCUCCACCUGCCCUGACGGUCUCGCGGCAGAGGAAGCGUCGCCGCGCGACCCCGUCAUGGGUAAUCUGCAAAGCGAAGCCAAGAAGAAGGGAAAGAAGACCAAAGGAGCUGUAGAUGGAACUGCGAGCACGCCAGGAUCCAUAGCGGAUGGUCUUGAUGACGCGGCUGAUACUGGGGAUGAUGGAGAAACGGCCGAAACACAAGAAACACCUACUAAGAAUGUGGAAGAAUGUCAGAAAACUGGGCCAGAAAAGCGAUUACCUCACAAGAGGCAAGCUCCGAAACCACCUGGUUCUAUCGAGAGAAAGGUCAGUUUUAGAGGAAAAUUUGAAUGGAGAACAAGAUUCUAUUAUGUUUUGUACUUUGGGAUGGUACGUCAAUUUUUGUUCCUGCAAUGACUCCACCCUUACAGGAUAAGGCGUUGAAUGAUAGAUUCUUAGAGUUUAGAAUAAUUGAAAUUUCCCUGGGUCGAUUGAUCGAUUGAAAGUUUAUGGUAAUCUAUCGGAUAUGCGUGAAAUCGGUUGAAAGUCACAUAUUGUUAACGUUGCUAUGUUUUUGAUAAUUGAAACUGGCUACAAUACUGGCGCAACGAUGAUUCACAUACUUUAAUAACAUGCUGUAUGUCAUUUUGCAAAUAUCCUGCUAAUAAAACGAAAAAUAUAAACAGACAAGAUCAAUUAGUUUGGGAUUUGAAAUUAAUUUCUUUAGUUACCCGAUUAUCGAUAACAUUUUAAUCAUGUUAUCGAUAAAUAUUCUCCUAACCUUAAUAUUUAAAUGGCUUGGAGUUUCAAUUGAUUUUUUACAAAAAGAUGUAUGAUUCUAAAGUAUGAUGAAAAAAAUUCGUAUUAUGUAUUUCCGUCCUUUUCUUCCAACAGAUCGGGCCAGUUAUAUCAGAGUCACCGGAGAAAAAGUCACAGACUCAGGAAAAACACGAGAAAGAAAAGGAAGAUGGAUCUGGAAAAUCGAUAGAAUUGAUCGAGUCAAAGGAAACAAAGGUCAAAGAAGAAUCAUCGGGAACAUUAUUAAUACCAGCGACGAAUCAAAUACAAAAACAAGAACCUACGCUUCUGGUCACGGAUUCGUGGUUGUUGGCUAACAAGUGCACAGUCGUGGCUGAGAUUUCGAUGCCACCUAGUCAGAAAUCGUCAAGCGAUAGCGUGUUUACUGAUCCUGAUGAAUUAAUUAGUGCAACGAAUGCCACGAAGGAAGAAGCAGCCCCGGCGCCAUCGACGUUUGUCUCGAGGAAUCACGAGGUCGAACCAUCUCCCAUGUCCCCCCUUUUAGGUGAGCGUGCUCCGUAUCUUUCCUUCGAAUGUGAUUUCGAUAUGAAAAUUAAAAACGAGGUCUAAGAUGUUUCAAAGUAUGCAGUCCAAUUAUUAAAAAAUACUUAUUUCGACACGUUCUUAGUAGAUCUUUCUUUAUACGAGCUUGUUGCAACUAAUAGAGUAUCACAUUGAUUAUAUAACGAUAAUUGAAUCGCUUGUAAAAAUAAUAACACGUAAGUACUUCAAAACACUCUCUAGUUCCUGUUUAGUUUCCCAACCAGGAAACGAAGGCAGUCGUAAAGCUUGUUUGCCGAGACACUCGCGAAGCGCCAAUAACGAGUAGAAUAACUAAGAGUAGAAUAGUUUCGCUUCGAUAAGAAGCGAGAUAAAAUUUAUCAGAGAGGCGUAAUUUCGCCAUGUGUCGCGCUCGUGUUUCGCGGUGGAAUCCGUUUCAACGACCAGCUUACGUUCUCAUUUUGCGAGUGAAAUUCGUCAAGAUAUCGUAAAAAAUUCAUAACGACCGAUUCAACAUGACGUUGGUAGCUCGAGCUAUCAGGGUGGUGUUUCUUUUGAAUAGCUGGGAAUUUCAAGAUCGUUUUGACGGAAUGGAGCAUGUUUUAAUUAAAAACGAACUGUUUGACUAUACGAUUGGCAAUUAUCUCGAAGCUGUCAGAGGUUAACAAGACGGUCAACGUUUACUUAUCGCGCGACAUUUACCAAAUUGCGGAAAGCGAGCGACGACGACGACGACGCUACGAAUUUUACCGUUGAGUUUUCGCGAAAAUCCAUUUGUUAUGUCGUGAUCUUGUGAUUGAAAAACUCCAAAGUCACAUGCAGAUAAGAGCACUCGCCAAUGCCGGACGAAGGCUGGAACGGUGUUGAAGCCAAAAACGAAGUUAUCAUAAAGUCGUGCUCGAUCAGUGAGAAUUGCACAGAACGAAGAAUCGUUGGUACAUUAACCUCAGCUCUGCCAGAACAGUUGAAGUCGAUAUUGACGGAAGCCGAAGUUGAACAAUUUGUGACUAGAAUAUAUUCCAGACUCGUAUCAGAUGGUAUUAUUGGAUCGAUUACGUUUGACAGUGUUACGCAGAACAAGGAGCUUACAGUAAGAUGUCUGUUCGUUCUACUGGGUAUCAAAGAUCAAGCAUUUAGAGCCGAAAUAAACGAAUGUGCUCUUUUGUUUCAGGAAGAUCAGUCUCAAUGUAGAGACACGCCAUCAAUAUCGGUUAGUCCAACCGAACAAGUUUCCUUGAGAGACCGACGAGAUUCAGAAAAGGAAACACUGAAACGGGAACUCGAACGACUUCGCGAACUUGCCAAAAAUGCGGAUAAAACUACUCAAGGUAAAUCCACGCAGACAUCUCCCACGACAGCUCUCCCAGAAACAAGUUCCGAGGAUUUGUCGAAAGUUAAAUCUUCCGAAACAUUCGGUUCACCUUUGGAGAGGGCUAUCGUUCAAGAUUCAACGAACUUUCAAGAGCAAUCUUCGAGUACCACUUCGAUAUCGGACACAAGUGAUUCGAAGGACACGAAAGCUGCCGAAAACGACGCGGCAGGAGUUACUCGAUCAUCUUUGGCUGUAAUUUCGUCUCUUUCACCACCGCUACAACAAAUUUCUUCCUCUCCUGCAUAUACGAGUACACCUCCACCACCACCACCUCCUCCUCCGCCACCACCUUCGCCUUUUUUAAAUCAUCGUUCUCAAAACAAUGUAGCUUCUAUUUCUCAACCAUCUUUCUCCAUUCCGCCACCACCUCCAUUACCCGCCUGCAGCACUUCUACACAAUCGUUUUCGUCUCAACGCAGUAUAACUUCGUUACCAACAAUCCCACCGCCCCCACCACCUCCUCCCUUACCUCCACCAAUCUUACAAUCAGCGACAGAUGAAAUGCACAUAGCACCACCUGCUCCUCCGGCACCUCCACCACCUCCACCACCUCCGUCCCCUGCGCCCUCAAUCGGAAGACAAACAAGUUCUGUACCCUCUGCACCACUUCCGCCCCCGCCUCCCCCUCCCCCUCCGCCGUCGACGCAAACAGCUCUGUUCAAUUUGAUACCGCCACCGCCUCCUCCACCUCCACCUCCACUUCCACCUUCAUCUUUAUCCUCGGCAUCCUCUAUCACUGGAUUACAUGCAGGUCCUCCGAUUCCUCCUCCUCCGCCUCCACCGCCUCCUCCUACUUCGACAUCCUCGAUCGGUUCAGUGUCCGGAGGUCCAGCGCCACCUCCUCCCCCACCACCUCCAACACCUAUGAUAGGUGUACCGCCACCGCCACCGCCACCACCUGCUAGAAUAGGAGAUAUUCCCGGUGGACCACCACUUCCACCACCACCACCACCAUCUAUGGGUGUACCCGGAAUUCCUCCUCCGCCUGCACCAGGAACUCAAGGAACACUGCAACAACCUACUCCUUUACCCACACCUCCAGUUGGAGGUUGGAAUCCAGCUAGCAGAGCGUGCAUGAGGAAAGAGCCGCUCUGUCCCGAGAUUCCUAUGAAACCACUCUACUGGACCAGGAUUUUGGUGCCUGCAAUACCAACAGAGCAUGGUUCCGUCGACGCUUCAGAUUCGGCCGCGCAGAUUCCACUAUGGGCGGAGUUAGAGGAAGAGAAAAAUCUGGACAUGAAAGAGUUCGCAAACCUGUUUUCGCGUCAGGUGACCGCCAGAAAGCCGGUCAAAGAAGCGGACGAGGCUUCGAAACCGUCUAAGAUACAGCCAGCAAAGAUCCUCGACUCGGAACGAUCUAAGGCCGUUGGUAUUCUGGAGAAGAGCUUGCGAAGAGUGGACUUUAGCGAGGUUGAGAACGCGGUUUACAAUUUGGACACCAGUGUUGUUAGUCUGGAGGUGUUGCAGCAGAUUUAUAAAAUAUUGCCAACACGGAAAGAACUGGAGGACAUAAAGGCUUUCGAGGAGAGCAAUCCGAACGUUCCUCUGGAUCGACCAGAGAUUUUCCUGAAGAAACUUUCCGGUAUAAAUCACUUUUCCGAGAGGGUAGCGUGUCUGACGUUUCAAACCGAAUUUCAAGAUGCAAUCUCCUCCAUUUCAUCGAAGUUAACGAAUCUACGAAGCACCUGCGAUUUUCUCCGAAACUCCAGAUCCCUGAAGAAAGUAAUUGCAUUAAUUCUCACGCUCGGCAAUUACAUGAACGGUGGAAACAGGACGCGAGGCCAAGCUGACGGGUUUGGUCUUGAGAUUCUAGAGAAGUUGAAGGACGUGAAGUCGAAUAUACCUGGCGUUACUUUGCUCCAUUAUGUUGUCAGGGCAAGAUUAGCACAAGAGAAGGAUCACAACUUUGAGGAACCGCUACCCUUGCCGAUUCCGGAACCAGCAGACAUAGAAGCGGCAUCCACGAUUAAUUUCGAGAAUCUUUCAGCCGAGUUAGGAACGUUAAAAACGAAACUUCGUGUUUGUAUCGACAAGUGUGAAAUCAUCGUUAAUACGGAUUCCGAACAAUUAGGGCCGUUCAAAGAAAAGAUGGAUUCGGUUUUCCGCGAAGCGGCUGCAGAAUUGGCAAACGAGCAAGAAGCUUUACUGGACGCGAAGAACAAAUUCAAAGCUGUGAUGCAAUUUUAUCAAUACACGCCCAAAGGCUCGAAAAACCUAGACGCAGUCGAUCCGAACUCGUUCUUCAUUCUUUGGCUUGGUUUCUGUCAGGACUUCAAAGAUAUCUGGAAAAAGGAGCAGCAACGAAUGCGAAAGGAACGAAUAGAAGAGAUGAGAAAGAAAUACGAAAGUAAAACGAAAGUGGAAAAACGGAAAAUAAGCGCCACAGGAUUGAAAGCACGCCUUCAGAAGCUCUCACGAAAAUAAAUUCAAAAUCGAUAGCGUGGAUAUAUCGAUACGUACACGUCAACGAAUGUGCAUUAAUCGAACAGUGUUCGAGCGAGGAUAGUCUGGUUGUCACAAAUAAAUAGUUUAUCGGAUCGAUCGUUCGUUCUGUUCGGUCCGUCCUACUCUUUACGGCACUAAUUUCGUUAAACGAAAUAACGAUUGCUGUCGCAGAUAUAUUCGUCGAUAUGAAUUUGUUAUAAACUGUACGUAGGCUUCUUGUUAAGUUUGCGUCUAAUUUGUAAAUACGAUUGUUCCGCGAAUGAAGAAUUCGAGUAAUUCUAAUAAACAUAUACUUUUUACAUGAAUCUUCGUUUUCCUUUGCUUUCGAAUCUGAUUUUCUGUGGAAAGGUGUAAUGGAAGUUUUUCGUGAUAAUUUUUUCAAUUUCUCAACUUUUUCUUUUUUUUUUUUUUUU